AUGUCCUCGUCCAUUCCUCUCGCAAACUUGUCGCCCUCAUCGAGGCCCUCGUACUACAAGAUGCCCGAAUCACCAGCGCCCUACUCCAGGCGCCGCCCGCAUCGCGGCCACUGGACUCCCUCGCUAAUUGGAUCAUACGUCUUCGACUGGCUUGUCCUCGCCGUUGUCGGCGGCAUUGCCACCGUAUUGGGCAUCGUCGAGCCGAACAAGCGUCCUUUCUCUGUCCUCGACCCCAAUAUCUCCUUCCCGUUCACCCACCACGAGACCGUGCCUAUGUGGCUAGCCGCCAUCAUUGCUGUCGCUGGCCCCAUCAUCGUCAUCGCUGCCGUGUGCCUCAUCCUCGUCCCCGGAAAUACUGUUCCUAAGGGAACUCCCAAGUCUCUCAUCUGGAAACGGAAGCUGUGGGAAUUGCACGUUGGAUAUCUCGGUCUUGCUCUCGCUCAUGUUGGCGCCUUCUUCAUCACCAACGGCAUGAAAAACAUGUUCGGUAAACCACGACCCGAUCUUCUUUCUCGAUGCCAGCCCGACCUGGCCAACAUACAGAAGUAUAUCGUUGGUGGUACAUCCGCCAACAUUACCGGCUUAACAGGUGCGGCAGGCUUUGGUCAGCUUGUGUCUGCAGCCAUUUGCACAAAUACCGAUUCGCACACGCUCAACGAUGGUUUCCGCAGCUACCCGUCUGGUCACUCGAGCUCCGCCGCCGCCGGUCUGAUCUACCUGUCUCUUUUCCUCGCCAGCAAGUUCGCCGUUACCCUACCAUUCGUGGCUUCAGACAACGGUGCCGAUUCCCACUCGGCUUUCCCAUCUCGCAUCAAGAAGGCUGGAUCCGGUUAUGAGGAGGUCGGACUCGGCGAAAGCGGAUCGCUCAAUCCCGAUUCCACCACUGCAGCCAGGAACUUGGCUGAGCAUAACAAGGUCGUUACGGCUGUCCGUCGACAAGCUGCUGCCCCUCCGAUCUAUCUCCUGACCAUCGUCGUUAUACCUUGGUUCGCUUCCAUCUUCAUUGCUGGCUCUCGCUGGUUUGACUUCCGCCAUCACGGUUUCGACAUUCUUUUCGGCUACAUGAUUGGAAUUUUUACAUCCAUUUUCGCCUUCCGCUACUACCACCUUCCGAUCACUCAGGGUGCUGGCUGGGCAUGGGGUCCUCGCAGCCACGAUAAAGCUUGGUGGUCUGGUGUUGGCUCGUACAGUUACGCGACUGACAAAGGAGACUUUAUUCGGCCUGGCGAUGAGGAAGAGGCAUAUGUGUCGAGACCAGUCAUUGGUCAAGCAACAUCAACGCAAUACAUGGGCAAGCAAAGCUCUCAUGAUGAGCCUGAGGCUGAAAAUCGGUUCUGA